AUGUCAUCACAUCCAUCGGCACAUCCUCUUCCGCAUUCUGCAGCGAGCGUGCACCAGCAGCACACGUCGCAGGCCACGCCACUGUUCGCUGCCGUGCCUGCCAACACGACCACGGACGAACGCUCCGAGACAGACUCGAUGGGCGCCAUCGGGGUCAAGCACACUGCGUACUGGGGCGCGCAAACCCAGCGCUCGCUCCACCACUUUAGCAUUGGCACAGACCACUUCCCGCGCGUUGCACCCUUUCGUUUAGUCCCGUCCUCCAACGUGGCAAUGACUUGUUGGGACAAAAGUCAUUGCUUGGGUCCACAGCCCCCUUUUUCCAUGUCACACUUGGUCGCAAUCGUCGUGAUGACUGUUGGGCACUCACUUGCGUUAUUAUUAUUCUUCUUCUUGUU